CUACCGUCCAGCGAUGACAGAUCUCGGCAAGAGUUCCUCGCUUCGGAUUCUCAACAAAACGAACCUCGAUGCAUCGGUAUUGCUCUUGGUGUUUGAAGCAAUAUGGCGUAAGAGAACACUAGUAGGGGUGUGCUGUGUGUGUCAGGUGAAGCUUGUUCCUGUGGCUGAGCUCAAGAAGGUGCGGGAGCAGCUCAAAAAGGCCGAGAAGAAGUACGACAGGCAGGCUCUCGAAGGAGGGAUCAAUGUGGGGUUGGGUGACGUCGAGUUGGGCGUCAAAGCAGGGCGGGAGAAAGAGACCGGGUAAGAACCUGAAGCGAGCAGGGGAAUCCUUGUGUCCUUUUCUUUGUUUCCUCAGUCAAGAACAAGAGAAGGAGAUGGAAGUAGAGAUCGAGUUUGGCUUCUUCCGUUUGGCAGAGGACUGGCAGCUGCUCGAUGCUGGCGCAGAGACGACUCUGGACACCUACACUCCCUGCUGCAUCUCCAUCUUCAUCGACGGCAGCAAACACCAGGUCGUCAACCGCAUGAUCCACCCAGACCGGCUGCGGGAUGAGAACGGCAUCGUCUUCGUCAAGGCCAACCCUCCUUUUCAGCCUCACAACAAGUACUUCCGUCUCCAGAAGAACACAGAAGCCCCACCCUUCCGGCUGCACAACCUCAGCACUCGCUCGGUCCUCACGGCUGUGCCCGGUGUUGGGCUUGGCGAGGAGGCUUCUGUCGUCAUGAAACCGAAGGUCCCCACCAAAUCAGGGCAGCCCUCUGACCCGUCGCAGCUCUGGAUGGCCCACGAAGAUGAUCUCUGUGACAGACAGACAUUUCUUCUUCGGCCUGUUGCCUUCCCGCAUCUGACACUGAGGGUCAACAAGAAGUCGCUCGGUCUGGUGUUGGACCAUCCCACCAUCGGGAGAGACCCGGCUGACGCAAAGGGGGAGGCGAAAUACGAGCAGUGGGAGAAGACGGAGUCUCGUGAGGGUCCUGAAGCCGAGCCUUUCAGUCUGUGUCAGUUUCUUUCUGCCUGCUGCAAGCCCCCGGUUCCGAAACAGGAAGUGCUUGUGGGACGGCGCGGCAGCGCAGACUAUGGCGGGCCGCUGACUCUGUCGUGUGUGGGCCUACCGGAGCAUCUCAUGUGUGCGGCCGAGGACAUGCUUGUGAUGAAGGAGCACGAGAAGCGGACGGCUCACGUGUGGCAGGCCAGUGUACCAAUCGUCGUCAAAGGUACCCAUCGGCUGUGGGGAGGGCUGCUCCAUUAAGGUGUUGGGUAGGUCUUGGACUCUUGGCUUGUCCUCAGGGGAAACGGUGCCGAUCGAUCGCAAAGGGGCAGCUCAGGACACAGAGACGACAGCAAGCAAAGAGGUAAGGAUACGUUGCGGAUGGAUUCCGUGCCUUUUUUCUCGUGUCUCCUUUUUCAGAAGACCAUCUUUGAUGUCUGCGCCGAGGGCGACCUGAAGGAGCUGAUCAACUUCAUCACCAAGGAGCCCAAGUGUCUCGAAGAGGCUGACGAUGACGGUAUCACGCCCCUGCACUACAGCGCCCAAAACGGCCGGAAGGAGGUGAUAAAGGAGAUUGUCGAGCGAGGAGGGAAACAUCUGAUCGAGAAGCGCACGAAUGUCCAGUCGGAGCCCACUCCCAUACACCUGGCGGCAAAAAGAGGGCAUGUCUCCGUGGUGAAUCUGCUGCUGGACCUGAGAGGAGAGCACCUCCUGAAGAUCAAGGACAAGGUCAGUGUCUCAGGCGCAGACAGAGAAAGAAGUGCCCAUCAUCGUGUUGUCUGCCGCUUGCUGCGUUCAGUACGGUCGUACGAUCGCCAGCGUCGCUGCGGAGGAGGGACAGCUGGCGGUGCUCAAGGCCAUUGUCAAUCGAAAGAGCGUCGGCUUUAUCCUCUCACUCGAAUCAAGCGUAGGCACUUCGAGUGUCGUCUCUCUUCUGAGCCUUCUGUAUACAUGUUCUCUUUUCAGGGCCGCACUAUCUUCCACGACGCGGCACUUGGCGGCGACAUAGGUGUGUUGCAGCAGCUGAUGAAGUGGAGCGGCAGUCGUGAUGUGCUGAAGGUCGGUGACAAAGUUGGCAUGACGCCCUUGCACAUGGCUGCCAGCGGCAAUCGUGUGGAGGCCAUAGAAUAUCUGCUGAAGGAAGGAGGAGUGACGCUGCUCCAGAAGACCAACACGCUUGGCGGAGACAUCCGAGACAUUUGUCAUCACUCUUUUCUCUUCAUCCCUUUUGCGUGCAGCUCGGCAACACCCCAAUGCACAUGGCGGGUAUGCAGGGGCACAGGGAGGCGGUCAUCUGCAUGGUCAACAAGCAAGGCGGCCGCGAGCUCCUCAAAAAAACCAACAAACACGUAAAUGGGCCGACACAGAGCCAUGGCGAAGCAAUUUCUCUCCCCGUCUCUGUGUGUGUGUGUGUAAAGGGGAAGACGCCGAUCGAUUUGGCAAAGUGGAGGGGCCAUGAGGAUUUAGCGACAGAGUUGGAGCGUAUGGUCUAAUAGAGACAGACAUAGCGCUGUGAGUGCUACUUGACUUAUGCUGUCAAAUAGGGUGACGCCCGCCUUAGUUUCAUUUGUCUUCUAGUAGACCGUAAUCAAGCAGCCAAUCGACCAAGGGUUAUACAAGGCGUCAAUUGGCGUGAGCUGCGUGUCUCCGCAGCCUUCUGCGUGAGCAGUUGAGCAUUCCAGCUGGGCAGCAUAUUGCAAUGCUGAGAGAAGCAGUCGGUGCAGCCCAGACACACAUGAGAUGAGCGGGCGGGCGGACAUCCCAUUAACAUUGC